AUGGCCGGCGAUUCUGUCUUGACGAAGAAGCCACGGUUGGACAAAUCCUCCGGCGAGUCGAGUUCCGCCUCCACACGCCGAGAACUCCGGAAGUACGACCCGUACGACGAUGACUACAUACGACAGUACCUCUUAUACUACUAUCAGUUCCAUAAGAGCGAGGGUUUCGUCAUUGAUUGGGAUAAAUUGGACUACCGGUUCGAGACUAGGCCUAUAAUGGACCCAUAUCGCGUUGCUGCUUACAUGUCGUCUUUGAUUUUGUUGAUAUAUAAUGUAUGUUUGUAUUCCUUAUUCUUACUUUGUUUGCUCACGUAUUUUUUAUGUAUUCAGGGGAGUCGGAUUGAGUUCGUGGAUCACGUUUCGGCAAGUUACAGGUGGUGUGCAGGUGUACUUUAUUGGGUUACGUUUUGGGCUAAGGAUUUGGCAUCAUCCAAUCCUGAGCCUAGACUUUAUCAAACUAAUGUUCGCCUCUGCGGACCAACCUUCUGUGAGAUGUUAAUCUUCAGGCUCAAACCUACUGAUGAAGAGAUUGCUGCUGUUCAAGUGGAUCCUCCUCCUCCAUUGUUUGAUCAUAACCCAGAGUUACCCACCAUAUUGUUCACCGUAACGGGUCCAGGAUCUGGUUACAUGUCCAUACCCGAAGUUUCCUUCACUCGGAUUCCUGCUGAAGUUGAGCCGACCGUGUGGUCACCAUAAUCCUCACCGCGUGUUAUCCAAAACCCCAAAAACCUCUGUUUGUAUUUCACCUUUCUUAUUUCUCUCUUCCUAAUA